UCUCUCUCCCUCCUCUUCUUCUUCUUCUUCUUCCUCGUCAGAGGAAAAUUCAGUCGAGAAGAUGAAAAGCAUAAGCAGCUCAGAACUCUUCAAAACUCCUCUUUUCGUGAAAAUCACAGGUUUCAUGCUCGUCGCCUGUGCUUUCUUCUACCUCGGCAAGCACGUCUCCGAUGGAACUCAACCGCUCCUUUUUUUCAGCACUCACCAACAAGCUCCUAUCGAGAACCACUUCCCUUCAAUCUCCAUCUCCCCCAAUGCCAACAAAACGGUGGAUCUCUCACCUCUCAGCUUGAAUCCUCCAACACCGCCACCUCUACCUCCACCUCCACCUCCACCUUCACCGCCUGCAUUGUUUCCACCGAGGAUGGGAAUUGUCGAUGAGAAUGGGACAAUGUCGGAGGAAUUCGAGGUGGGUGAAUUCGAUCCGGAUCUGAUUGAGAAAUGGGGGAAUUUGAGUGAUCAGGUGGAGAAAGGGGAUGAGAGUGUCUCGGUAUCUAGUAAGUUGAAUGUGAAGAGAUUUGAGCUGUGUCCGGUUAGUAUGAGAGAGUACAUACCUUGUUUGGAUAAUGUGGAGGAGAUUCGGAAGUUGAAUUCGACGGAGAGAGGGCAAAAGUACGAGCGGCAUUGCCCUGGGGAAGGAAGGGGUUUGAAUUGUUUGGUUCCAGCUCCCGAGAAUUACAGACCUCCGAUACUCUGGCCUACAAGCAGAGAUGAGGUUUGGUUCAGCAAUGUGCCACAUACGCGUUUGGUCGAAGACAAGAGUGGCCAGAAUUGGAUUACAAGAGCGAAAGAUAAAUUUAAAUUCCCGGGAGGUGGAACUCAGUUUAUUCAUGGGGCAGAUCAAUAUUUGAAUCAGAUUUCACAGAUGGUACCUGAUAUUGCAUUUGGUUGUCAUACCCGAGUUGUGUUGGAUGUUGGUUGUGGAGUAGCAAGCUUUGGUGCUUUUCUGCUUUCACGUAAUGUGACUACUAUGUCAAUAGCACCAAAAGAUGUUCAUGAGAACCAGAUUCAGUUUGCAUUAGAGCGUGGGGUGCCUGCUAUGGUGGCAGCUUUUGCAACACACCGUUUGCCUUAUCCGAGCCAGGCUUUUGAUCUGAUACAUUGUUCAAGAUGUAGAAUUAAUUGGACCCGUGAUGAUGGAAUUCUGCUUCUGGAGGUCAACAGGAUGCUGAGAGCUGGAGGAUACUUUGCCUGGGCAGCACAGCCUGUUUACAAACAUGAAGAGAACCUACAAGAGCAAUGGAAAGAGAUGGAGGACCUUACUGUUCGUCUUUGUUGGGAGCUUGUGAAGAAGGAAGGAUAUAUUGCUAUAUGGAAGAAGCCUUUAAACAAUAACUGCUAUGAUAGUCGUGAUGCGGGAGCUCAACCUCCACUAUGUGAUCCCAAUGAUAACCCAGACACUGUUUGGUAUGUUGGUCUGAGAGCAUGCAUUUCUCGAUUACCUGUGAAUGGGUAUGGAGCCAAUCUUACUGCAUGGCCUGCACGCCUGCAUUCUCCUUCUGAUAGGCUCCAGAGCAUAGGUAUUGAAGCCUACAUAUCCAGAAAGGAGCUCUUCAGGGCAGAAUCCAAGUACUGGGAUGAAAUAAUAGAAAGCUAUGUUCGUGCUUACCACUGGAAGGAAUUAAAACUACGGAAUGUGAUGGAUAUGAGGGCUGGGUUUGGAGGGUUUGCUGCAGCGUUAUAUGAUUUAGGGAUAGACUGUUGGGUUAUGAAUGUCAUUCCUGUUAGUGGGCCGAAUACCUUGCCUGUUAUUUAUGAUCGUGGACUCAUAGGAGUUAUGCACGACUGGUGUGAGCCAUUUGAUACAUACCCAAGAACUUAUGACCUAUUGCAUGCAGCAGGUCUCUUCUCAACAGAACAAAAAAGAUGUAACAUUUCAUCUAUCAUGCUUGAGAUGGAUAGGAUUCUGAGGCCAGGUGGACAUGUUUACAUUCGUGACUUGUUAUCGGUUAUAGAUGAACUUCAAGAAAUUGCAAAAGCAAUGGGAUGGCAAGCAACAAUAUAUGAUACUGAGGAAGGUCCCCACGCAAGUCGGCGGGUCUUGAUGGGUGAGAAGCGUCUAUUACGUGCUUGAAUCAGUGAAAAAGGAGGACAGCAUGUAAACUUUUGCUCCUUUUCCUUAUGAGAACUGUACUGCCCUCAUUGGAUUCGCUAGACUUCUCCGAAGGAAAGCAAAGGACGAUGGAGCACUGCUAAAGCUGAUUGCAUACUUGGAAUCUCCCCUCCCCAAUGACAAGAUCUGAUUGGAUACUUGGGAUCUCCACUCUCCAAUUAUGUGUAUUGAGAUUAAAUAUUUCAAUCCAUUAAUUGUGAAAUCAUCCAUGUAAUUUGUACCUGUAAAUCUAAUCUGACUGCCUAAAUGUUUUAGGAUAACCCAAUUUCUUUUCAAGAAUAACCGAAGGCAAGAGAAAACGAAUGAAAAAUUAUUGUCGUUCCGUUUACUAGAAUUGUGGAAGUGUUCUAUGUAUUUGUAUUUGUAAAUUGGAGCUGACUGUCUAGCAUGUUGUAGGGUAAUCAGAUUUCAAAUGGAGAAUAUUAAAGCAAAAGAAAAGUAUAAUCUUGUACCCA